GAAAAAGAAAAAGAAAAAGAAAAAGAAAAAGAAAAAGAAGAAAAAGAAUGCGGGGUCUGCCUGCUGUUGCUGUCGUCCUUUUUUUGUUGUUGUGGUCGUUGUUGUUGACUGGCCGAGUCCGCGGCAAGAAUAUUAUUAUUAUUAUUAUUUCGGAGAGGGAGGAGAGGGGAAGUGAUGAUGGUACAGUAUGUAACAGGAAGAUGCACGAGGAUGGAUUGAAGUGGGUGAGGAAAGAUAUGAAUGCAGAUCCGAUACGACCAAAAAUAUGGACAGACGGACAAAUAUCAACUCGAUGGCGUAUGAGAGCGUCCUGGACCUGUUUGCCUCUCAAACGCGAGGCGUUGUUGAACAGGUUGACUGGCAGAGAGCGAAGUUACCUCGAGUUAGUCCCAGUGCUACUACUACGAUGGACUGACUCCGUCUUAGUACUUGGUAGUUAGUUGCCGGCAACAACGCGCCGAAAGGGAGCGGGACGGGAUAACUAGAUCAGACAUUGGACUUGAAGCAGGGGGAGGGAAAUUAAGAAAGCGGGAAAUCUGGAACUUUACUUCUGCUUUCUUUUCCCCCUUCAUCUUUUCUUUUGUUUUGCCUUGUUUCUCUUGCAUUUACAAAUAUUAGGUCCACACUGGGUUUGAUCCUAGUAUCUGGAUUUCUACGCCGUAUAUAGGUACUACGUAGGUAUUGAAUCUUUACGAUCGGCCUAGGUCGCCUCUUCUUGUGACCUCGAAAUUAAUAUUAGAAGGGGGGCAGUAAGAGGGGCGGAGACGAAACCAUCAACCCUAGAUAGCCCAUAUGGCAUCUAAUAAAGGGCCUGUAAGACAAAUGGAAUGGUAAAAUCUUUGAUUAUUUUUGGUCGAUUGGAUGGAUGGUAACAAUGAUACCAUUUUACAGC